GCGAGGGUUGUCUCGCCAGGGUGAUCGACAUGGGGAGGUCACAGCACCGUCAGCAUGAGGCUGCCGCGGACCAUGUGCAAGACACAUUCAAGGCCCGCUCCCCUGUCUAUCGGUACCUGGUUGUCGGCCAGAAGGUCAACAACAAGGGGGUCAUGAUGCUCCUUUGCACGUUUUGCGACAAAUUUUUCCAAGGGACCCAGUUUCAGGCCACGAGAUACUUCUCGCAAACAAACUACUGCAAGGAUGUCAGCGACGAGACGUUGUAUGAGAUUGCUCGACGGACUCAGCAUAAGUUUGAGGCCGAUCAGAUGGAGAGGGUGUCGAGGUAUGCAGUGGAGCGCGGACUCGAUGUGCCCGGCACGGGUGGUGCAAGGGGAGGAGAGGCGGGGCGGCGUCCGGCGGAGGGAGGGGUCGGGGGAGAUGGUGGGCAUGGUGCGGCAAACCCCACUUUGGGUGGUGGAGGCGGUGAGAUAGAGGAGGGCGUGAUCCACGUGGAUCGCGAGGUGCGUGGCCCAGGUGACGAGGGAGUCCCGGAACGGGAGGACGUGCCUGAGGUUUAUCCAGGCACUAGGGAGAGGUUGGAGGACUGGCGGAGGCGAGCAGGCAAGGGAGCUGCGACGGAGGGGUCUUCCAAGAGGAAGGAAGGAGGGAGUGAUUCGGCUGCCACCCCAGCAGGGAAGAGGCUUCGGCAGCAGAAGGUGACUGAUGUCUACGGUGGCGAGUGGGUUGCCCGCCACAAGAAGGCAUUCCUUCGCUGGUUGUAUUCCAGCGGGGUCUCCUUCAAUUUCUUCCGCAACCAGGCGUGGAAGGCAUAUCAGCAGGUGCUUCUUGAGCAACCUGGCAGUUCCCCGCGCGCAGUGCUCCCCAACCACUGUGAGAUUGCGAGUAUGCGGGCGUUGGAGACCCACCGUGCGGAGUUGGAGGAGGUGAGGCAGCCAUUCUGGGUGACUGGUGCCACCCUCCUCUCCGAUGGGAGGAAAUCACGAGACGGGAGACCGAUCGUGAAUUUCCUUGCUGCUGGAUCUCGAGGGGUCGUUGUGUACACGACGAUCAAUCGAGAGGGCGAGCCGGACGAUGCAGUGCACGUCCUUUGUAGAUGGGUUACCAUCUCCCACGAGUUCAGCUUUGGCGGGCCGCAGCGGAUCAAUGCGAUAUGCACUGACUCCGCUUCUGCCUAGGUGGGGGCUGCGAGGGCAUUGACCUCGCCGUCCAUGCCUCCUGCACUGAGGAGGAUCACUUGGCUCCCAUGCUCCAUCCAUGUUUGCAACAAAUUGUUGUCAGACAU